AUGGCUCCCUCAGCGAUCACCGAAGAACCCGUUUUGGGCGUCUCGCCGCUUAAAGGCCAAGACAAGCCGUCCGUCGUGGAAGGCAAGGAGAAGACCCCCUUAGAGGCUAUUUCUCACGGCAUACUCAUGCCGGGGAUACCCACCUUCCCGGACUACACCUCCCACCGGAGGCACAUCCUAGUACAUAUGGCCGCUACCUUCCGCUUCUUCGCACGAAGUGGCUUCACCGAGGGGCAAUCGGGACACAUCUCGGUGCGGGACCCGGAGUUCAACGGGCUCAUGUGGAUGAACCCGCUAGGCCGGCACUUCGGCAUGCUGACGGCCGGCGACAUGAUCUGCCUCGACAUCGCCACCGGCAAGAUCGUCGGGGGCAACACGUCGCGGCCCGCCAACGCCGCGGGCUACCUGAUCCACUCCGCCGUGCACAAGCGCCGACCGAACGAUAUCCAUGCCAUAUGCCACGCCCACUCCAACGCAGGUCGAGCCUGGAGCGUAUUUGCCCGACCCCUGGAGAUGCUGAACCAAGACGUCUGCAACUUCCACAACGCGCACGCAGUCUACGCGCGCUACGGGGGUAUCGUGUUUGCCUCGGAGGAAGGCGAGUAUAUCGCCGAAGCCCUCGGAACCCGUAACAAAGGCGUGAUCCUGAUGAAUCACGGCCUCCUAACCGUGGGCCACACGGUCGACGAGGCGGGCUUCAUGUUCGGCCUGCUCGACCGCGCCUGCGCAAUGCAACUGCAAGUCGAGGCCGCCGCCGCCAACGGUAUCCCAAAAAACAUCAUCAGCGACGAGGAGGCGGCCUUCAACUUCAAGAUGGCCAGCGAGUCUAACAUCCUGUACCGCGAGGCCCAGCCCGAUCUUGAGUACGAGAUCGAGGCCGCUGGCGGGGAGGAUGCGGUCGCCAGGGGGUUCGACGCGUUACAGCGGGUGGCGUCGUAG